UGACGUCAAUGCGUGAGUGAGUGCGUGCGCGCCCCCGAGCGCGCGGGGCGGAAGCGCCCGGAGCUGGGAACUGGGGUCGGCGUUGUUUACAGCCAUCGGUCCUCCGUCGGGGGCGAAGGGGCCGCUCCAGUGCCCAUGUGCCCUCAGCCGCCCAUGGAGGUGAUGGAGGGCCCGCUCAACCUGGCUCAUCAGCAGAGCAGAAAAGCUGACCGUUCACUGGCAGUGGGAAAGUAUGAAGAAGCAGUUUCUUGUCACAAAAAAGCAGCAGCAUAUCUUUUGGAGGCCAUGAAGCUAACACGAUCGGAUCAGGCCCAGUUAUCAUUGCAGUUGCAAAGGGAAAGCCACCUGAAACAGAUACUACUUAUCCAAGAGCGCUGGAAAAGAGCAAAAAGAGAAGAGAGACUGAAAAUACAACAGGCUAUGGACAAGGAUAGUGCUGUACACCCACAAGCUUCUCCUAAAACAUCAGCUGAGGAAUCGGAUGACCAAAGUGUAGCCGCUCCUGCUAGUCUCAAGUAUAACCCCUCCCUGGAGAAAGAUGUGCAGGCAAACCUUGGUGUGUUGGAUAGGGACCCCGAUACGCUACUGUUUUUGCUUCAGAAAAGAAAGGAACCACAGGAAGUAUGUGUAAGAAGUAAAACUCCAAAGGACGACAAGACAAAAAUGGAGGAGCAGGCCACCAAAAUCGCACUUCUAGAACGGCAUGUGGAAGUUCUCUUAGCAGAAAACGAGCGAUUAAGGCAGGAGAACAAGCAGCUCAAAGCCGAGAGAGCUAGGCUCCUCAGAUCUCCUCUAGAAAAAGAGCUGGAUGUAGAUGCUGACUUUGUAGAGAAGUCAGAGCUCUGGGGUCUGCAGCAGCAUUCAGAAACUGCUGCUGCCUCUGCCUCGUCUUGGCAGAAAUUUACAAGUGCAGGGAAGGCCAAAGACAUUCCCAUACCCAGCCUUCCCCCGCUGGACAUUCCUUCCCCUGAGCUUCCUCUCCUGGGGCUCUCAGAGGAUAUAUUGAAGGGACUCAUGAAUAGCUCAGUGGAGACCACAACAUUUGCCCACCUGUAGUUCAGCAAAAUCCAAAAAGGGAAAGCCAGUACAGCUGUGAUCCAAGGGCAAAAACAUCAACUGUCACCCCUAGAAAGGGAGGAAAUCUUGGUGACUUUGUCACUGAAAAAUAUGCAUGAUAUUAGGUUGGAAUAGAGCUUACAAUUUACCAUCGUUGGUAAAAGCUAAGCACUCUUUUCCCCUUCUCAAGCCAAAUGACUGGGGCAGGGAGCGGGGAGCAACAAGUAACACAGAGUAUACUGUCUGUAACAAGUCUAAUGCCAUAAAAUAAUGCAUUGUUGGCAUGGCAUGGGCCAGAGGGUGACAAUUAUGGCAUGAGAAGACAUUUUCUAUCGUGCAUUUGAUUGCCUUUUGAUUUAAUUAUGCACAGAAUCAGUGAACACAUUAGAAGUUACUGCAGGAUGGAUCUAUGUGCCACACUUCUGCACUCCUGACUUAACAUGUAAUGUCAGCCAAUCAGGAGAGAUGCUAAAUUUCCAUUUUUCAGGAACCAAAUUUAGUUGUUUUUGAAAUAUUUUGAUUUGUUUACAUAAUCAGGGUGCUUCAUAAUGUGUGUUUUCUGUAUAAGAAACUACUAGGCAUUGUUUUAAGCAAAUACACAAGGAAGAACAGUCCUUGGUGCAUGAAUGGAAAUAAUGAUAGUUGCCAGAAAAUAAAAUGUUUCAGGUCUGUUUUGAA